AUGAAUACGGACCUGGAGGAACAGAAGGACGAGCUGCUCGCUCUGCAGAGUAUCUUCGGUUCGGAGGAGUUCGUCCGGAAGGAGUCGGAGUUUGCCGGAGAAAUCCGAGUGCCUGUAGAUCUUCCUGUAGACUUUAACGUGGUGCUGAACGGUGGGCAGUAUGAAAUUUCAUUCCUUCCACCCGUGCUCCUGACCUUUGAACUUCCUGUGGACUACCCCUCCUCUGCCCCUCCCUCCUUUUCGCUCACCUGCAUCUGGUUGACUCCCAUACAGCUGGCUUCACUGCGUGCUCAGCUCAUUGAUCUCUACAAGGCCACAGAGGGUGCUGUAGUGCUAUUCUCCUGGAUACAGUUUCUGAGAGAAGACGCCCUGAAGCUCCUGAGCAUCCAUAAUCUGCUGGAACUUCCUUCAGAUCAACCCAGUACUCUGCCAGAAGAACAGGACAAACACGAUCCUGAUCCGUCACCAGUAGAGGAUAACAAGAACACUCCAAAAUCAGAAUCCAUCGAUGUAUCUGACCCCUGUGGAUCAGACAAGUCUGUGUCACCUGACAAUAUCCUGUUAAAUGUUAAAGCUGACAACCAGAAUGUCCUCUCUUUGAGAGCAGAUACAUCCGAACUUCUUCCAUUUUCCGAGUUUGUCCAAAUCAACAAGGAAGAUGUUUCAAAUAAAUCAGAUAUUUCUACAUCAGUAAUGGCAACAGAGCUGACUUCUUCGCCAGUCCAACCCACAAAAAUACCCCUGAACAAUGAAAAAAACUCCUAUGGUAUCUUUUUAACUCCAUCACAGAAGCUCCUGUCCCAGAUUUUGAUCUAUGAUGUAGAACAGAAACAGAAGGUGUUUGCCACCACUGUUUUCAACUGUGGGGUUUGUUAUAUGGACUGGCUUGGAUCCGAGUGUGUGCAGCUGUAUGAGUGUGGUCACAUCUUCUGCCGGGCUUGUCUCAGCAACUUUUAUAAAGUUCAAAUUACAGAAGGGACUGUCCAGAAUGUCAUCUGUCCUCAAGAGAGCUGCACUGUGACCCCAAUACCUCCACAGGUGAAAAGUCUUGUAGGAGAGGAACUGUUUAGCAGAUAUGAACGUCUUCUUCUGCAAUCUACACUGGACCGCAUGCCUGAUGUGACAUACUGUCCUCGGAGUUCGUGUGGUUCUCCCGUCAUCUCAGAAAAGUCCAGCAGUGUGGCAAUGUGCUCUGUGUGUAGUUUUGCUUUCUGUGUUAACUGCAAGAAGACCUACCAUGGAAAUAACAAAUGCUAUGAAGAGGAACCCAAAACCACGAGGGAAGACUUUCUGCUAACUUUUCCACAGUCCAAAGAGGGGAGGAAGGCACUUCAGGAUGAUUAUGCUGCUGGCAGUAGGGAAAGGCGGAAACUUCUGAAGAAAAGAUACGGAAAGAAAAUGCUGCAGUUUUUUAUGACAGAUCUGAGCGAGGAAUGGAAGGCUGUAAACACAAAAGCUUGCCCUGGCUGCCAUUCCCCUAUACAGAAGGAUGGCGGGUGUUGUGUGAUGCGGUGCAUUCGUUGUUGGAUGAUUUUCCUGUGGCCUGACUAA